CAAAAACAUUGCUUUAUUUCUUUGUAGACUUUUGUUUUGUAGGUACCAAGCCAAGACAUGCAAUAAACAAGGCAUUUUUCAUGUUUUGGACUGAUGAAAUCGAUUUCCCUACUGGGUAAAUCGAUUUCCCUGCAGCAAUCUUCAACAAAAUCACAUUCUGGACAGCAUGAAAUCGAUUUCCCUCCUGGGUAAAUCGAUUUCCCUAGUGUAUUUUGCGCCAAAUUCUCUUCUGGAACAGAGUGAAAUCGAUUUCACUCCUGGGGAAAUCGAUUUCCUUAAGGCAAAAUUCAAAAAUAUAAGGAGGGAAGCUUGACAUCAUUUUGGCACCUUUUUCUUUGAUUAUUUUUGAUCAUUUUACCAAUUUUCCACCUCAUCAAAAUUAAUCCCUUCAUUAAACCCACUUAAACCCCAUUUUACCACUUUUUACCAUUUAAUUGCCACUUUAAUCACCAAUUAAACACAAGCUAAUUUCCAAAUGCAAAAAGACCAAACUACCACUACUCUUGCUCUCAUCCUAUAAAUAGAGCCCACUACUCUCUCAUUUCUCAAGCUUUUGAGAGCCAAAAAACCCCUUGCAAUUUCUCUCCUCAUCCCUACCAAAUUCACCAAAGCUCUUUGUUCUUUCAUAAAGUUUGUGAGUCACAUCUUGAACCUCACAAACUUUGAGCUAAACCACCAUCUAUUUCACUCUUUUUUCUUCAAUUGUUGAGAGAUCAAGAUUUGUGUUGGUGAUUCUUGAAGUAGAUCUAAGUUUUGUUCAAGAUUUGAGUUUGUCUGUCUACCGUCAAGCUGAUUCCUCCACACAAGUACGGAACUAGAGCCAACGUCAGAUUGAGAAUGGAAUACCAAGAGCAACACAAUGCAGAGGUCAGAAUGGAAAUUGAAGAAUUGAAGUCAGGCAUGACCAAGUUAACUGAAAUGCUACAAGUUUUGAUUGCUAGAGGAGAACCGCCUCAAAAGACUGUCAUUGUUGAAGUCUCAAGUGCUGAUGUUGACCCUCAACCUACUCAAAAACCACCUUCUACAUGGCCUGAGUUUGGUUUGCCACCUGGUUACACUCCUCCCUAUGAGAAGACUCCUGGUAUUGGUCAAUCUUCACAACUUGUGAUUGGUCAAGCUUCAAACCAAGUUUUUCAUGCUCCUGUCUUCACUGAAUCUCAGCCUAUUGUGCACACUGUUGCUCAGCCUACUUAUGUGAAUCCUCUGUUUGAAUAUCAAGCUGCCCGUUCCCAGAAUGGAAGUCAAGGAGAUGCUGGAGAUAUUGAAGAUGUCAAAGAGCAGUAUCAUACUUUAGAAAAGCGCCUGAGAGCCAUGGAAGGAAAUGAUUACUUUGGGGUUGCUGCUGAGAAUAUGUGUCUGGUUUCCAACUUUGUCAUGCCUGCAAAAUUCAAGACUCCUGAGUUUGAGAAGUAUAAGGGGAACACUUGCCCAAGAAGCCAUUUGACCAUGUACUAUCGCAAAAUGGCUGCUUAUACCCAGAAUGAUAAAUUGCUUAUCCAUUGCUUUCAGGAUAGUUUGAGUGGAGCUUCACUGAAAUGGUAUAUGGGACUUGAGAGUAAUCACAUUCAUUGCUUCCAAGAUCUGACUGAUGCUUUCAUGAAGCAGUAUAAGUAUAAUCUGGAUAUGGCACCUGAUCGCCGACAAUUGCAAAACAUGGCUCAGAAGGAAAAAGAAUCUUUCAAGGAAUAUGCUCAACGUUGGAGAGAAUUGGCUUCCCAAGUUGAACCACCACUUGCUGAGAAAGAAUUGACUGGAAUGUUCAUGGAUACUCUCUCCCCUUUCUACUGGGAGAAAAUGAUUGGAAGUGUGUCCUCAAAUUUCACAGAUUUGGUUACUAUUGGCCAGAGACUCGAAGAAGGAAUCAAGAAUGGGAAAGUUGCUAAUGUUGCUGAAUCCUCUGGUGGAUCGAAGAAACCUUAUGGAAACUUCCACAAGAAGAAGGAGAAUGAGACUAAUGCUGUGUCUGAUGAUAGAAGGGGAUCUCGUCGUAAACCUCAAAAUGGGGAUCAACCUUAUGUAGCCGCUGUCGCUCCUGUGCAAGUUCAAGUUCCUCAAUCUCAGGUUGCUAAUCAGAAUCAGAAUCGUGGUAGGACAACUUAUGAUCCUAUUCCCAUGACUUAUACAGAACUGUAUCCUGCUUUGGUCCAGAAAGGGUUGAUUACAACAAGAGCUAUGCCGCCUCCUCGAAAUCCCCCCUCAAGAGGAUUUCGGCCUGAUCUUCAUUGUGAAUUUCAUCAGGGUGGUGCUGGCCAUGAUUUAGAAGGCUGCUAUGCUUUGAAGGCCUUAGUGCAAGAGUUGGUUAGAGCAAAGAUGCUAUCUUUCAGGGAUAUGGGUCCCAAUGUUGUCACUAAUCCUUUGCCAGAACAGAGUGGCUGAAGACAGAUCAAAGCCAGAUAUUCCUAAAGCCAAGUGUUUCAGACAAGAUAGCUCAUCUUUGUUGCUGAUUAGUCACUAGGCUUUGUUUCUGUACUGUUUGCUUUUCCUUUAUUGUACUGUUUACUUUUAGACUUUGUUUGUUUCUGAAUGGUGAUUUUAAUGAAAUGAGCAUUGCAUAUUUUGAAUUCAUUCACAUAUACUAUGUCUGUGCUUUCUUUUACAAAACUUUUUCUUCCAUUUGCUUUCUCUAUCAAACUUGUGUUUUAUGCAAAGAUUGGAGGGAGGAUGAUGACAACGAAAUACCCAAGUUGUUGAACUGUAUGCUUUCAAAUAAAAACUUUGCUGAUGAUGUACAGGCAUUGUUUCAAUUCCCAAACACUGGAGAAAUAAGGAAGUUAAUCCCUUGUCAACCCCUCUGAGCCUUCGAAGUUGGAGUUUCUUUCUGUAUGAAAAAACCGUAUUUUUAACCUGGGGCAGGGUAGUUCUCAGUUAAUUUGGCUGUGCAUUCUAUUUUAAGAGAAUCAUUCAGUACACCUUUCAACAAGUGCUUCAAUCGCAAGCUUUGCUCCGCAUACAUCAAAGAAAUGUUGGAGAUGUCAAUUAAAAGCCAAUGAUGGUUCAUCUUAAUCAUUAAGCAAGGCAGUCACUAUCUUUCAAAAAAAUGUAUCAAAAAAAUAUAUAUAUACAAAGAAAAGCCUGCUAAGUCAAAACCAAAAAUGAUGACUUAGGCAAAAAUAAGGGCAUCCCGCUGACUGUAAGAUCAAAAAUAAACAGUUCAGGCAAAAGUUAGGGAUAUCAAAAGAAAAAGAUGAAAAAAGAGAAGUCAAUAAAUUCCUCAAGCAACAAAAUGUUGUGACAACAAAAAGGAAGAAGUGACUGCAAUCUCAAAAGUUCUCUUUGCUUGUGAACUAUCAUCAUUAUCAAAGGUGCAAUUCCAGAAGUCUCUUGGAACCUGAAUGCAUAAGUUGAAUUAACUGAGUUGUAGGACUGGAGAUCAUCACGAAGGGGGUGGGAACAAUCAAAUUUUGAGCCUUAUAUCGUUUGUUUCUUAAACCGUGAACCUGGCCACGUUACAACCUUUAAAAGACCUAAUUGAGGCAAGGUUUGUUUGAAAGCAUACUACAACAAGGUUGCGUAAGCUGACUCCCAUGAGAUUUGCCAAUCAUUUGCUUUGAUAUCAUAUCUUUGUUUUAUCUUUCACUUUGAAUGUCGGAACCUUUAUGUUUUGACUAGUUGAUUCCAUUUUCUUUACAUCAAUAACAUCUUUCAAAAAAUGAUUUUGAUUUCAAAAAUAUUCUUUGAGCAUUGCAUUAAAAUUACCAUUCUUGAAUGAACAGUUUGUUUGCAAGUAAGCACUCAUCUUUCAGGAAGUUCAAACAGUCGAGAAACUUGAUCAGUGAUCCUAUCAGGGGCAUGUUAUUUCAAGAUCCUGUUGUUCAGAUGUUCAGUCAAGAUUUGUGGAUUAGAAUAUCCUUUCAAGACUUAUACUGGGGCAAGCCAUCCCAACUUGCAUUUCAAGAAUUGAAGCCAUGAUCAGUUCAUCCCCAGUACAUUUCAACUGAAGCCAUGAUCAGUUAACUUGCAACAAUUAGUCAAUCAGGGGCAAUAUUCUUCAGCAAUCCCCAAGCAGUUUUAUCAGCCCUUCUCAAAGGAUCAUCGAUUUGAUACAGUUACCAGUAUAAUAGAAGUAUGUCCAAGCAUCUUCUUCGUAAGCAGAAUUGGCAGAGUUCUCGUGUUGAGGAAUCAGAGUUUUAAUCUUGCCUCACAAAAGAGUCUCCCUCAGUUGUCACAAACAAUUGCAUUGCAUUGAUCAUAUAUCAUGCAUAGAAAAAUUCAACAUCAUGCAUUGAAACAAAUUUCAUACUCAUUUACAUUCUCCGAGGUCCUGUUGUUAUCAACAUUUUACCUUGAGAUCUAAGUCCAACUUACUUGGCACAUACCAAAGUAGAUGUUCGUCUGCCUGUUUCUAUUUCCGUCCAAUGCUACUCUUGGAUGUGUAAACUUUUCUCUCUGUCCAAUGCUACUCUUGGACAUGUUAUUUCUCACUUUUUAUCCAAAGCCACUAUUGGAUGUCACAAUCCCCAUUAAAAUGUUUCUCACCUCCUUCAAAGCUACUAUUGAAUGACGUUCAUGUCUUUGAGCUGGAAUAACAUUCUUUUUGUCCAAUGCCACUAUUGGAUGUUUAUUGAGUUUGUUUUCCAUCCAUUGCCACUCCUGAAUGGUUGCUCAAAUUUUCCGAAUUGGUUUCCAUUUUGUUCAAAGCUACUGUUGAACGCCUCUGAUGUAUUUUCGGGUUCAGGUUUCCAUUUUGCAUUCAAAGCCACUAUUGAAUCUCUUUGGUUUCCAUUUUUGUCUAAAGCUACUAUUGGAUUGUUCCCGAUGUUUUCCAGAGUUUGGAUUCCUUUUGUUCAAAGCUACUGUUGAACGUCUCUGUCGUAUCUUCGGGUUUGUAGGUCUCCUUUUGCAUUCAAAGCCACUAUUGAAUCUUGUUGGUCUCCUUCCAUCCAAAACAACUAUUGGAUGUCUCCGCUGUUUCCUCAGAGUUUGGGCCCUUUUUCAGAUUCAUUCAAUGCCACUCUUGAAUGUCUCUGAUGGUUGGUGUCGUCUAAUGCCACUUUUAGACGUUUCUACCCAAUAUGUUUGUGUUCCAGAGUUCAUUCAAUGCCACUUUUGAAUAUCUCUGUUGAUUUUCAUUGUCUAAUGCCACUCUUAGACGUUCUUACUACACUUCUAACUUGGGUUUUAUCCCUCCCUUUCUAAGUAUUGCUGGAUAUUUCUUGUCACCCUGACGGAUAACCAGUAGUAUCUUGUUUCCCUAGCCACUCCUUUCAUUCGAGUCUAUCGCUCAUUCCUUUUGUUCCCCCCAGUGGCAUUAUAUUCCCCCUCUAUUUUCAUAAGCAUACUUGAUGCAUCCAUUAGCAUCGCAUUAUACCUUAGGUUCAAAAAUUGUGUAUUUUAUAUUUAAGUCUCUUCAAUUACGUCGAGCUGAGGAUUUUAACCCUCACAUCUCCGGAAAGAAGAAACUUAAAUAGGGGCAUCUGUCAUACCCCAAUUUUUGACCCUAAGAUCAUACAUCAUUUGCAUUUCAAUCAUCAAUCAAGAUCACAACCUUGAGGUAUCAUUUUUCCUUUGAGGGGAACCAUCGAGCAUUUCUAGCUUUUUAUUUGUUUUAUACUAACCCAAAUACCAAAAACAUUGCUUUAUUUCUUUGUAGACUUUUGUUUUGUAGGUACCAAGCCAAGACAUGCAAUAAACAAGGCAUUUUUCAUGUUUUGGACUGAUGAAAUCGAUUUCCCUACUGGGUAAAUCGAUUUCCCUGCAGCAAUCUUCAACAAAAUCACAUUCUGGACAGCAUGAAAUCGAUUUCCCUCCUGGGUAAAUCGAUUUCCCUAGUGUAUUUUGCGCCAAAUUCUCUUCUGGAACAGAGUGAAAUCGAUUUCACUCCUGGGGAAAUCGAUUUCCUUAAGGCAAAAUUCAAAAAUAUAAGGAGGGAAGCUUGACAUCAUUUUGGCACCUUUUUCUUUGAUUAUUUUUGAUCAUUUUACCAAUUUUCCACCUCAUCAAAAUUAAUCCCUUCAUUAAACCCACUUAAACCCCAUUUUACCACUUUUUACCAUUUAAUUGCCACUUUAAUCACCAAUUAAACACAAGCUAAUUUCCAAAUGCAAAAAGACCAAACUACCACUACUCUUGCUCUCAUCCUAUAAAUAGAGCCCACUACUCUCUCAUUUCUCAAGCUUUUGAGAGCCAAAAAACCCCUUGCAAUUUCUCUCCUCAUCCCUACCAAAUUCACCAAAGCUCUUUGUUCUUUCAUAAAGUUUGUGAGUCACAUCUUGAACCUCACAAACUUUGAGCUAAACCACCAUCUAUUUCACUCUUUUUUCUUCAAUUGUUGAGAGAUCAAGAUUUGUGUUGGUGAUUCUUGAAGUAGAUCUAAGUUUUGUUCAAGAUUUGGUAAUUUUCUUCAUCCUUUUUGUAUAUCAUGAUGUAGAUCUUUGUUGCUUGUGUGUGAUGCAUCUUUGAUGCUAUAUUGGUGCUAUUUGAUGGUGAUUUGAUGGAAAAUUCGUGCUCCAAUUGAUAUGUGAUCAUAAGGUGUUUGUAUGUUUGCUUAAGUCAAGUUUUAUGCCUUUAAAUGUUGUUUUUGCUGAAAUUUGCACUGGUCAAAUCGAUUUCCUUAAGGCUCAAAUCGAUUUCAUGCUGUACGUAACUUGUUUUUUUUGAAAACUGCCUUAUGGAAAUCGAUUUCCCUCUGCAUGAAAUCGAUUUCCUGCUGGCAGAAUGUGUUUUUUUGCCUUUUUUAUGCUUGUUUUGGCUUCCUACUUCCUCCACUUCAUUAAUAUCAUUGGAUCUAGGAUGUUGAUAGGUUUGAAAUGACCUAAUCCAUAAUAUUAGAUGAAUGAUAUUAAUGAUAGUGUGAGUUGAUUAUCUUUAUGCAUUUUAUCUUCUUCUUCUCCUUUUUUUCUUUUGAUCGAUGAAAGUCUUAAUAUCUUGAGAAUUCUAUGGAUUCUUGAUAAAGACUAGAUCAAUUUGUUUUCCUUAUUAUCUUUUCAUCUUAUUUGCUUUUGAUCGAUGAAAGUCUUAAUAUCUUGAGAAUUCUAUGGAUUCUUGAUAAAGACUAGAUCAAUUUGUUUCUAUUCUUAUCUUUUUCAUCUUAUUUUCUCUUGAUCGAUGAAAGCCUUAAUAUCUAGAGAAUUCUAUGGAUUCUUGAUAAAGGCUAGAUCAUUUCUUCUUCUCCUUCUUGUUUCUUUUGAUUGAUGCUCUUGAUACAUGGAGAACUCUCCUACAUUUGUCCCGACUCGAUAAAAAGAUCAAACAUGGAAGAGAAUUGUAUGCGGUUGAUUUAAGACUUGUGGAGGUUUUUAUCGUGUAGUCGCUAUGAUUUUAUCAAGCUUCUGAUAAGCCCCAUUGACUUUAAAUCCGAGUACAUCAUUCACUCACCAUAGAUCUUCCUACUAACUUUGAUAACAUACUUGACAAGUUUCAAGAUGGUUAUCUUUAACAUUUAACAACUAACUUUAAUUUCCGCACCUUUACUAUACCGCUCUUUAUAUUACCGCUCUUUAUAUUUCUCGCCUUAUCGCUUUACUUUAUCAUUUCAUCAUAUUUACCUUCCGUCAUUUUCUCUUUGUCCACUUGGACAUAUGUUUAUGUUUCCGUUAUUUUUCUUUUGUCCACUUGGACCAUACUUUAUUUUUUCGCUAAAACACUAAUAAAUAACCAAAAUCUAAAAAAUACAUAAGGCUCUCUUUGGACUAUCGGUUACUAUCCCUAGCACUUUGGAGAUUCGGACUUAUGGACCUAGUACCUUUGGACUCAUUCUAUUAUUAUCCUGUGAUUGUUCUGUCUGUCUGGCAUUGUGCUGUUGUAUGUUUUUGUGUGCAGGUAUUUCCUUGAAAGCCCUUGAUGGUUAAUUCCAAGGCAUUGAAAUAAGGAUUUUACCCGAAAACAGCCGUUACUCUGCCCGAUUUUCGUCAGAACCUUAAUGUGUUUAAUGCAAAGUGGUGCUAAGACAAUAAGUUCAUGUGGAUCCCCAAGUGUUAAUGUGUUGGUAUUGAUAAAUCCAAAGGAUGGGAAAACUACAUUGACUCUUAAUGUCAAGUGUUGGCUUCUUAUUUGGUUAGACCGUUUCUUUCCUUAGCUUUUAUUUUACGCAAUAGGAUAGCCUCUUCAUCUCCUUCCCAUUCUUAAAUUUUCAAAAUCUUCUCCCUUUUUCAAAAACCUUCUUAUGUUUGCAACCUUUUCAAAACCUUUUCUCAAAAAAUAUCUUUCGCCCUUAGUGGCUUUUCUUCAAAAGUUUAGACACCGUUAAUUGUCGAAACGAGUGGUUAUACCCCACGAUUUUGAAAUUGAUUGAUAAUAACGAGAUCUUUUCCGCGUGAGAGAGCUAGUGGCAUACUCGUUGAUUUUAUCCGAGUUGGCGCCCUUCUUUCAUUUGCGAUGCAAAGAAUUUGUUUGUUCUCAUGCUCAAGAUCAAUGGCUGAGUAUUUCUCUCUAACGACAACAAAGUGUUUAUUCGUUUUAAAAACGUUUUUCCCAAAAGCGGAACUACAUUAGCUCUGACUUCUCCAUUGCACCGAGGAGGUAUGUAGGCCCAAAGCUUAACGCUUUGCCGAGCUUAUUUUAAAAAUAAAACAAACCGUUUUUUAGCACACACACACAGAUUUUCAAAAAGGUUCCUGUGGAGUACCACAGAUAUGAGGGGUGCUUAAAACCUUCCCCUUGUAUAAGCAACACCCGUACCUAAGAUCUCUUCCUUUUGUUUUAAAAAAAACAAACUUUGGUUUUUUUCGUUCUUUUCCCUUUUCCUUUGGAAAUAAUAAAAGCGCGGUGGCGACUUUCACUGAAAUAUUGAUUCGAGUCAAUCCCAUGGCUUCGAUAUCAGAUUUUCCCCGCUACAGGGGUCAUUCAGGAAUGCACAUUUCACAUCCAUCUGAAAAAUGUGUCAGUUUUUCACGUUCACUAGACCAACAACCAACCUAAUUGUUUCAAUCCUAGCAACAGGUUCAAAAACUUCAUCAAAGUUGAUUCCUUCUUUUUCAAGAAAUAUUUUCGCCACAAGUGUUGCCUUGCGUUGAUUCACUUCUCCUUUGAGAUUACACUUCACCUUGUAUACCCACUUCACAUUGAUUUCCUUCUUCCCUUGAGGUAAUUCGACAAGUGACCAUGUGUUGUUUUCUUCAACAGACUUUAGUUCCUUGUUCAUUGCUUCCAUCCACUUCGA